CUAGGGUCAGCUGUUUCACAGAAAAUCAGCCUGGUAUUGAGCCAAGAUGGUGGACCCUGCAGCGCUGGUUUCCGUUUUAGCUGAGAGCAAGGGGGCGGGAAUAAAACUGCAUCACAGCUGAUCUGGAGGUUUUUCCCCCUUAAGUUGUUUUUGCAGAGAACAGCUUUGCAGAGAUUCGCAAGAGGGACCUCUCUCUUGCUUUUGGUCUCUCUUUCUUGUUGUUUUGGACUUUUCUGAAAAACUACACCCCAUUUUUUAUUCAAGCUAAUAUCGGAUUUAUAUCCCAGCGCAACAUUAUGCCACUUCUUAACAAAAUAAAAUGUUUUUGUCGCAAAUUUUCAUCCGAAUGUUUAGCGCAGGUCUGACCCAGUUUUAAUGGUUUUGCCUUCACAACAUCCCAUGUGUUAGUACGAGCCGCCAGUUGAGAUGUUUUCGGCAGGAGAGGAGGUUAAUUCCAAUUUGUUUACCUCACUGAAGGAGUCCCAUGGUGCUGCAAUCUCCCCAACACUGGAGCUCAGCUUAACUACGAUCUACACAGUCCUCUACUCUUUCUUGUUUGUUUUCGUUUACCUGCAGCUCUGGCUCAUUUUGCACUACGGACACAAGCGCUUCAGCUACCAGAGUGUGUUUUUGUUCCUGUGUUUGCUGUGGGCAGCGCUGAGGACGACCCUCUUCUCUUUCUACUUUAAAAAUGUGGUGCAGGCCAGCCAGCUGCAGCCUCUGGCCUACUGGCUGCUUUACUGCUGCCCCGUCUGCCUGCAGUUCUUCACACUCUGUCUACUCAACCUCUACUUCACACAGGUGAUGUUUAAGGCUAAAGCCAAGUAUUCCCCAGAGCUCACCAAAUACAAGGUUCCUCUGCGUUUGUUUUUCCUGUGUCUCAGUAUAUUUUUCCUGGUGGUGAAUUUAACUUGUGCAUUGUUAGUGCAAGGAGCUCUGGAGCGCUCUGAAUCACCAAGUGAUGGGGGUAUCAGACAUGCAGUCCUGGCCCGGGUCUUGAUCAACGACAGUCUGUUUGUCCUGUGUGCUGUCUCUCUGGCUGUCUGCAUCUUCAAGGUCGCCAAGAUGUCCUCUGCCAAUGUCUACCUUGAAUCCAAGGGUACAUCAGUGUGCCAGGCGACAGCCAUAGGGGCUGUGGUGAUUCUGCUCUACACAUCCAGAGCCUGUUACAAUCUGGUGGUGGUGGCCCUGUCACCACAGGACAGGCCCAGCCCCUUCAACUACGGCUGGUACAGCGUUUCUGAUCAGGCCGACGUGCAGGAGGUCAGCGGUGAAGCCUACGUUGUGUUUGGGAUCAUUCUGUUCUUCUGGGAGCUGCUACCUACAAGCUUAGUGGUGCUUUUCUUCAGAGUCCAGAGACCCAACCAGAACCUGGCUCCGGGAGGGAUGAUCAACAGCCACAGUUUCAGCUCGAGAGCUUAUUUCUUUGACAACCCUCGCCGAUACGAUAGCGAUGACGACCUCUCCAGAAGCAUUAACAGUAGAACAGAUCGGACCAGUCUCCUCUCCACCACUCCCCAACUCAGUACGUCUUGUUGGUAUGGCUCCAUCCAGUGCAAUGGGACUCUGGCAGCGGGCGUUGCAUCCGCCCAGCAACCGCCACCUUCCACGGCCCCCCUCCUUUUUGCCUACGGAAACAUGCAGAGUCACCAUCACCACCAUCACAACUACUACUCCACCCCGCAGAACAACAACCACAAUCAUCAUCACAGCAACUUCUAUUCAACGCCGCAGAAUUAUUACUGCGGGUCGCAGACGUAUUUCUGCACCCCACAGAAUUAAGUGGGGUCCAUUGUCAAAGACUGAAAAGAAGAGACGUUUAAUAGCAAUUUCCUGCUUUUCUUGUCACCAUU